GUAAGAGCAAAGGGAAAUCUUCAGGAGCAUCUGAAUACAGCGAGUCUGAAGCUGCUGCGAUGAAGCCCCCCAAACUUCGAAGUCUGGAUGUCUUCUCUGGUUGUGGAGGCUUGUCAGAAGGGUUCCAUCAAGCAGGAGUCUCGGACACGCUCUGGGCCAUUGAGAUGUGGGAACCAGCUGCGCAGGCCUUCCGCCUGAACAAUCCAAGCACCACCGUGUUCACUGAGGAUUGCAAUGUCCUGCUUAAGCUCGUAAUGUCCGGUGAGAAGGUUAACUCCCUGGGCCAGAAGCUGCCACAGAAGGGAGAUGUGGAGAUGCUCUGCGGCGGGCCCCCUUGCCAAGGCUUCAGUGGGAUGAACCGCUUCAAUUCUCGCACCUACUCCAAGUUCAAGAACUCUCUGGUGGUUUCCUUCCUCAGGUGA